AAGCACUCCAUAAGUUCUUGGCUCGACGAGGCCUCUCGCUUCUCCCCUUCGCCCUUCUCGCCUGCUUUUCGCCUAAUCUGCUUGCGACAGCUUAUUCGUCGUCGCGCCUUCGAGGCGUCCACGAUGGCGUCAGUGAUUCGUCCGUCC